AUGGCAAUGCAUAACUGGCCACAGUCUGUCACGAAAGACACUAGAGCACUCUUCAAUGAUGUUGAAGAAUUCUUUGGUGGCCCGUUCUUCAAUGCAGAGGAGGCAUUUUUCUCCUUUGUUCGACAUAUGCUCACCUGGCUCCCGCAGAGGAGGAAGACAGCUCGCGAACUGAUGGAUCAUGCGUUUCUCAAACUUGGAGGUUGA